CUAAAGUCCCUUGAGUAGAGUCUGGCAGGACUAAAGUCCCUCAAGUUCUUAUGGGACUUUAGGCAGGAAUUGAACAAUAUGGCGUCAUCUUGCCAGACUCUAUUUUGAGGGACUCUACAUUCGAGUAGUAUUAACUGUAUCUACCACAACACCUACUAUACUCAUCGAAAUACCAAUAAUAACGCAUGAGUGUUUUAAUAAUGUAAUUGUACUACAAUCAUUGUAGGUAGAAAAUAUUAUAUUGCAUUAGAUAACAGUUACUAAAAAUGCAAAGAAAAAGCGAAGUAUGUAUGAAAACUGAAAAAGAAAAUUCAUUGAAGAGCAUUAAUCUUGACAGUUUGAUACGAAUAUCCUGUAAUUGGAUUCCCAUCGAUAGUUCUAAAAAAUUUGAAAAUGUUGUGUCACUCGGUUCAGUUGCUGAUAUUCCAGAUAGAAUGACAUUAGAAGAUAUUGUAGAUGCAGAACGAUGCAUUGAAAUAACACCAAAAUCAUCUGACAGUGAAGCUUGUAACAUAGAAAUAAAAGUUAAAAAUAGACAAAAAAUAAAAUGUAUUGGUAUUGUAUCAGAAGCUUCUGUUUUAGAAAUUUUUCGAGAAAACGGUGAAUAUGCUUUUACUGUAUUUCCUGAAUUAAUAGACGAAUUUCAAGGCUCUACUGUUUAUUACACAAAAAUAGCCUUUAACAUAUCAACGUAUGAAACUAGUAUAAAGUUUACACGGAUCAAGAAUAAUCGUUCUACUAUAUUUUUAUAUGGGAUAAAACUUAUUCUCGAUGAAUCACAAAAUAUUUUUCCACCAAAAAAUUCACAUUUUAAUUCGAUAAUUAAUUUAAUAGCAGAUUCUCUGAAUGACCAUAAAGAGCAUGAAAAAUACGAUAUUAAUACAAAUAAUUGGAAAACUACUCAUCAAAAUGAUAGUUACGAUCCUAAUAUUUUAUUAUAUGUUGAUUUAAAGUUAAAGGAAAUGGAAAAAAGAAUUAUUCAGCGAGUGUGUUUAAUGGAAACAAAUAUUGAGAAAAAAUUAAAUGAAAUACAAAAUUUAUUAAAAUAAUAUACUUAUUAGAAGAAAGAUCGAAUUUAUAGUGGGUAUUUAAUACAUUUACAAAUAUCAUUAUACUAUAUUACUUUUAUUGAUGAUACUUUUAAAAAAUUUUAUUCAGAAAAAGA